GUUUCCGUCCAUACUACUGUAAGUGUGACACCGACCUUAUUGUUUUGCUUCUUCUACUCGUGCCGACCGGCUCCACUGCUGAUGACAAAAUAACAUGAAUCUUAUGAUCGAUAAUUAACCCAACUCGAUGUUUCCCCUGCUGAUUAUUAUUGACGAUAAACCGUUUUUCAUUGAUGAGCGGCAGUGAGGCAGAGGCUAAUUGGGACAGAACGUCACUGUUCAAAUCUACCGGAAGGAAACGUGAGUUGCUUUGCCAAUGUUAGCAACAUUAUUCUAUUACAUACAUUGGCAAGCUAGAUCAAUGCGAGUAAACAGACACAUGGCUAAGUUAGCAACUCUUCUUUCUGAAAGCCUCGUCUCGUGCAUUGAGCUAUGGAAUAACUAGUGGGGGGCGUCCCUAUAGUCUAAAGAGGCUUCCUCACAUUGGGAGCAUCUCAAUUGUAUUUCCUUGAUACCCCGAGUGUCCCUCUUCUUCUCUUCUCAAAGCACAUUGGAGCAGAAGAUCUGAGGAUCCUGACUACUUCAUUCCAGUGUUCUUUCAAAACGGCCUCUCAGGAAAUGCUUUUGAGAGGGUUUGAGAGCAAUGGCUGUCUUCUGCGCUGACCUGACAAACAUCAGGACGGACACCAAAAUAUAGCUUUGGUGCAAUAUUCAGAGCAACACAACAACAACAGCCAUCAUCGAAGCAGCGUUACCCAUAGAGAGCAAGGGGAACAACUACAAGAAGGCUCAGAAGUGAUGACGUCAUCAGAAGGUGGGGAGGCAGUGCUUCUGGUUGGAGAGGGGAACUUCUCGUUCUCUGCCGCUCUGAGCCGGAUCGUCGCCACGGAGACAAAUGACAUCACCUCGGGGACCGAUGACAUCACCAGGGAGACCGAUAACAUAGCCGGUGGGAGGGGUUUGAGGAUCACAGCCACCUGUCUCCAGACCAAAGAGGAGGCGCUACGACACCACGGCUCCGCCCACAACAUACACACAAUCACACACUCAGGUGGGGAGGUGCUGUUUGAGGUGGAUUGUACGCGUCUGUCAGAGUGUGUGUGUCUGCGUGGUCGACAGUUUGACCGCGUCAUCUUUAACUUCCCUCACUGCGGUCGGAAGAGUGGUGUGAAGAAGAACAGGCUGCUGCUCAAACACUUUUUCCUCAGCUGUGUGGGGGUGCUGAAGGAGGAAGGGGAGGUGCUUGUGUCUCUGUGCAACGGGCAGGGCGGGACUCCAGCCGACCGGCCAAUGAGAGAGUGGCACAACAGCUGGCAGGUGGUCGCCAUGGCAGCAGAGGCAGGGCUUAUCCUGAACGAGGUCCGCUCCUUCGAUGGCGAGAAACCUGACAGUUACCAAUCCACCGGGUACAGGAGCCAGGAUAAGAGUUUCCAUGCAGAGCAGGGCGUGACUCAUGUGUUCAGUCGUAGUGUGGCCUGCAGCGCCCCCAGAGGAAGGACAUGAAGCAGCACAUUCUGGGAGGACGACCAUUGACCUACCACAUACCUGCUGAACUUUCACAUUACAUACACAGGGGUUUUCUCUCGAAUUCUAAUCAUCCCGUCAGGCUGGUUCAGGACUUUCUGGUUCAGGCCCUGGAGAGGGAAUGGCCUGUCUCCAUGGUUACAGAGCACCUCCCCCUGCUCAUACACUCCUCCCCCCAGAGACU